AUGUCCAAACGCUCAAAGAGAAGACAACGACAACGUCAGCGCCGCUUCGCAGCGUCUGCUGAGUAUGAGACCAUGGGUACGACCGAACAAGGCGUCGUAGAAGAACAAGCUGCAGAACCCGUUGGACUCCAAUACGGCAAGGAAGAUCCCAUCGGCUUCCGCACCAUCGCAGAUGGCUACAUCCCCAUGGAGAAAUUCAUGUUCUUCCCAAAGCUGCCUCUUGAACUCCGCCGUUUUGUUUGGAAUCGUCUCCUUCCCGAGCCUCAGAGCAUCUACAUGAUCAGCAACGGCCACACGCAGAAGCUCACCGUCGGCAGCAUUACCAGAAACACCUACAUCUACCGCGCCGCAGCCUCGUAUAAAGUCCCACUUCUUCUCAGCGUCUGCAAGGAGACUCGCCAGGAAGUCAUGUUCCACCAUCCUCCAUGCUUUGCAACCAACUUCGGUGGAGUCCCUAUCUAUUACAACCGUAAGAUCGACCUGCUGCACUUCGACAACCCUGACGCGCUUCUUCACUUCCAUGGCGGUUCCGCUCCCAACUACCUGCCUCGUAGCAUCACCAGAGGCUUCCGGCUGAACAUGUACGAGUUCUACAACACUGUCUCGCAGAUCGCUGUUGGCAACGUUCGCGCACAAGAGGGUAUGCUGGGUGCUAUAUUCAACCAGAUGAAGGCCCUCAAGGUCGUCUUAUUAGCCGAUAAACUCUGCCGUCCUCAGGGCAAGAGCAUCAUCAACGAUUACUGCCAUGGUAUCAAAGAUCUGGAGAUGGGAUGGGAGGAAUACACCAUUGAUCGCAAGACUGAGAAUAAGGUAGAGAUCAAGCUUGUUAAUUUUGAUGAGUUCAAGGAGACCAUCUUGGGCUGGAAGGGGCGUAUCAUCUCCGAGGAAGAAGAGGGUGCGAGGAAAGCCGAGGAAGCGGAAGCCGCUGUUCUGCAAAGUGCUACUGCAACCCAACAACCACAAGUCUCUGCAGCAAGCAACCAAUCCAACGCAGGCAACACCAACCCGACCAACACUCCACAGUCUUGA